AUGGAUUAUCAACAGCUCCUAACCCUCCUGUGGAACCGGUGCAAAUCGCAAGUGACCAGUCUCCGCCAGGAUCUAACCCAAGAAUUUGACUAUGCGGAUUCGAAUUUCUUCUUCGGACUGGACUUCAUAAUGACCGUCAGUGGGGCUCGAUACAACCUGAAAAACGCUAAAUUGCAACGCUACUGGAAUGUGUACCGCUGGAUCAUCUACCUGCCGACGAUUCUGAUUUUCUGGAACACUUUCCUGAACGUCCGCAACUGGGCCAGCAUGGAAAUCCUGAUUAGCAGUCUGCAGGCUUCGCUGGCGAUUUUCAUCACGAUAUUGCGAAUGCGGAUCAUUCUUUGGCACUACGGACCGUUGAUGGAAGUGAAACGUUACGUGAAUCGUCGCAAGUUUGGGCGGGAUCUGGCGCAAUCGGUUGGAAUUCGCAGUGAAGCGUUCUACAGCAUUCGACGAAUUGCGAUCUGUGGGGUUGGAUUCAUGUUUGUUUUUGGUGCCUGUAUUCCGGCAUUGGAUUUUUCGGACAAUCACAUUUUCAAGCUACCGUUCGACAUCAGACGCGAUUUUCCAAGUGUUCAAUACUUUUGCGAAAAGUUUGUGAAUUUUUGGACCAUUGGAACAUCACUGAUGACAGCGCUGGAUUUGCUGAUCGUCUACAUGGUUCUCGCUGGGCUCACUGCCGAAGGGAAAGUGGUUGCGCUGUGUUUUUCUGAAAUUUUUGGCAACACUGGUCGACGCGUCCAGCGCAAGCUUGAAUCAAAACCGGGCAAUUCGCGCCAGCAAGCUGAACGUGAAAAGUUCUACUUUUGGAAAUAUCUUCAACAAGAGUUCAACAGCUGCAUCGAGGUUAACAUUGAGUUUCUAGCUGCCAAAAACAAAAUCAGACCCUUUUUGAACGCCCUCUUUCUAAUCACGUACUACUCAACGGUGGUGACACUAGCCAGUGGUGCCAUCUACCUGUCACAAAUGGAAACAAUCUCACUCUUUUCAUUUCUUACAUUGUCCUACUGCUCUUGGGUGGUGAUCGAGUGUGCCAUGCUGACCCGGCUGGUGAACCUGGCAACCGAAGCGAACGCGUCCAUCGGCUGGCACGUGUACGACCUGGAGUGGCCGGCGAAGCUGCAGUACGAGGAGCGAUUCCGCGAGGUAUAUCGAUCCGUUCGCACGGCAAUGCUGACAGUGAUGGCAGUUUCGCGGCAACCGUUGCGGUUCAACUGUUUUGGGUUUUUCGAGUUUACCCUGGACCAGUUUUGGAUUCUGCUCAACAUGACGUAUGAUUUGUACAAGUUUUUCAGAAGAUUUGUUUAA